GAGUAUGGGCCGUGGCCGCAUCCAGCGUCGCCCCGCGAUUCGACGGACCUGUUUCGUAUUCGUAGCCGUCGGUGGAAUUGGAACAAGAGUUGUUUAUGUGCUUAUGGUAGGAAGUAAUCCGUUAUCUGCUGGGGAAAAAAACAAUUAGUGCUUCAACCCUGUGUACAUUUUUUCUUAUUAUAUCUUUAUCUCCGAUUUUCUCAUCGUGGUGCAUUAUUUAAGAAAAGAUCGCGUCUGUAUCCUAUAGCACAGGAUUGAAAUAUGCCGGAGGAACAGAAGUCCGCUGGUAGUCAACCAGAGGUAACUGCAGAAAAUGGGACUGGAACAAACUCGCCGACCAAAAGUCCUGUGAGCAAAGGCAAAACAGCUCUUGCAAGAAUCACUUUGCUAGAUGGAACCGUGAAAGACUUCCACAUAGAUAGGAAGGCGAAAGGCCAAGAAUUACUUGACAUGAUAUGUCAGAGUAUGAACUUGAUGGAGAAGGAUUAUUUUGGCCUUAUUUACGAGGACAGACACGAUUUGCGAAACUGGUUAGAUCUGGAUAAAAGAAUCGCAAAAUUUGUGAAAAACGAACCGUGGAAAUUUAAUUUCGAGGUGAAGUUUUAUCCUCCAGACCCAGCCCAAUUACAAGAAGAUAUAACUCGUUAUCAAUUAUGCCUUCAAAUCAGAAACGAUAUUAUCACAGGCCGAUUGCCGUGUUCGUUUGUAACUCAUGCUCUUCUAGGUUCAUAUUUAGUUCAGUCAGAAGUCGGAGAUUACGACCCAGACGAGCAUGGCCGUACAUAUUUAAAGGAUUUCAAAUUUGCCCCUAAUCAAACUCCAGAGUUAGUGGAGAAAGUAAUGGACCUUCAUAAAACGCAUAAAGGUCAAACACCCGCAGAAGCAGAACUCCAUUAUCUCGAAAAUGCAAAAAAGUUAGCGAUGUAUGGAGUUGAUCUUCAUCCUGCUAAAGAUUCUGAGGGCGUGGAUAUAAUGUUAGGUGUAUGUUCAUCGGGUCUUCUCGUCUAUAGGGAUCGAUUAAGAAUCAAUAGGUUUGCUUGGCCAAAGAUACUAAAAAUCUCGUACAAAAGGCAUAACUUCUACAUAAAGAUUAGGCCGGGUGAAUUUGAGCAAUUUGAAUCGACGAUUGGUUUCAAAUUAGCUAACCAUAGAGCUGCGAAAAAGUUAUGGAAAGUAUGUGUAGAACACCAUACUUUCUUCAGACUCAUGAGUCCUGAGCCUGUAAAGAAAGUCGGUUUGAUACCACAUCUGGGUUCUCGUUUCCGAUAUUCAGGAAGAACUCACUACGAGACAAAGAAGACUCCCAUUGAUAGACAACCUCCACAAUUCGAAAGAUCUUUAAGUGGUCGUCGUCCUACAUCUCGUAGUAUGGAUGCAUUAGGGGGUCCUAAACAAGUUGAAUCUUAUGGUUCAGAACCAAGUAAGAGGCAUACAAUGAGCUAUGAACCUGAAAUGAUUCCUGACAUGGAGCAUAUAGAUCAACGGCCUAGUCCAAUAAAAAAACAGAAAGAAAAGCUCUCACGCAAAACAAGUGCUGGAACAACAUCAGCUAGCAGUACCAGUAGUCUGGAAGGAGAAUAUGAUGCAGAUCGUGGCAAAAAGAAACCGGUCGGAGGAAUUGCGGUCCUACCGCCCGGUGGUCUAUUUAAGAAGAAGAAGGAUAAGAAAAACGAAAACGAAAAGGAAAAUCAUAAUGAUCUCAACAAUUCUGAUUUAAUAAAUGAAAGUGCUAUUAUUGAUAACAACGACGUGAAGUCACCCAAUAAAAAAGAAUCGAAAAAGAAAGAUAAGGAAACACUAGAAAAAAGUGAUAAGAACGAAAUAAAGUCACCUAGUAAAAAAGAAUUGAAAAAGAAAGAAAAGGAAACACCAGAAAGAAGCGCUUUUAUUGAUGAAUUAAAGUCACUCACUAAGAGAGAUUUAAAAAAGAAAGAUAAGGAAAUGCUGGAAAAAAGUGCUGCUCUUGACAACAACGAAAUAAAGCCACUCAGUAAAAAGGAAUUGAAAAAAAAAGAGAAGGAAAUGUUAGAAAAAAAAGAUAAGGAAAUGUCAGAAAAGAAAGAUAAGGAAAUGUCAGAAAAGAAAGACAAGGAAAUUUCAGAAAAGAAAGACAAGGAAAUUUCAGAAAAGAACGACAAAGAAAUGUCAGAAAAGAAAGACAAGGAUCUGUCUGAAAAGAAAGAUAAGGAACUGUUGGAAAAGAAAGACAAGGAUAUGUCUGAAAAGAAAGACAGUGAAACGCCAGAAAAGAAAAGCAAGGAAAUGUUAGAAAAGAAAGGCAAGGAAACGCCAGAAAAAAGAGAUAAGGAAAUGCUAGAAAAAAAAGAUAAGGAAUCGUUAGAAAAGAAAGACAAGGAAACGUCAGAAAAGAAAGAUAAAGAAAAAAAAGACAAAAUGAAGGAUAUACGGGAUGUAAUAAAACCAUUUUCUUCAAAAACGAAGAAAAUUUUAACUUCAAGCACUACCCCAACAAUAGUGAAAACCACAACUAAACAAUCUGUAGUGAAGGAUCAAGAAGGUGUGACACAAAACAUAGAAGAAAAAGUAGAAGAUCUCACACCUGGAGGCACAGGCCAAGUAACUGUUUCUACACAAAUUAAUAAGGCAGAGACAUCAGAUGAUGGUAGGGCUCCAUACAUGACAGCAACUGCUGUUACUACACGCACUGCUACAAUGCAUGAAGAUCUUGAAAAAAAUCAGAAAACCAGUCAGGUAGAGGAAAAAACUGUAGCACAUACAACAGCAACCAGUGCAACAAGACAAGAACAGAGAGUAGUAACUCAAGAAGUUCGAACAACAAGUCAUGUACUUUCUGGUGAACAGCUGUUCUCACGAAGGCUCAGUACAUCCAGUUCAAGCAGUGAUGAUUCAGGUACUCCAAUUGACCUUGAAGAUGAUCAACAGGCUUUCUACAACCAAUAUUAUCAGGGUGAUCCAGCUGGUGUUGUUGAAACAGAAACGCAUAUUUACAAAGGAGAGCCAGAGAAUAACGUAACAACAACUACCACAGUUCCACUAGUAGCAACUGAAACUAGAAAGGUAGCUGUUGAAAGUGAAGAUGGUAUGUACAGUGCAACUGGGGAAAUAGUUAGUUCUCAGACAAUAUCUAGUAAAACUCGCACUGUUGAAACGAUAACGUAUAAAACUGAAAGAGAUGGAGUUGUAGAAACUCGUGUAGAACAAAAAAUUACGAUACAAUCAGAUGGCGAUCCAAUUGAUCAUGAUCGAGCUUUGGCAGAAGCAAUUCAAGAGGCAACGGCAAUGAACCCUGAUAUGACAGUAGAAAAGAUAGAAAUUCAACAGCAAACAGCGCAGUAACUUGUAAUGCAUCAAAAAUCACCUUUGUAAGAAGGGCACUCCUUGUCUAAAAAAUAUAAUGCUCGUAAUUUUAAAAAAGAUAAAAUAAAAAAUUAAAUUGAUAUAUAUAUAUAUUAUGUAUAUCUUGGAUAUACAAUGAAUGGCAAAUUAUUUGACUCAGUUUUUGCUAUUGCCAACAUUUAAUUAACUAUUUUAUCAUAUAAAAGGCUAAUUAAAGCAACAUUUAUCAUUUAACAUAUAAGAAACAUUUCUUAUAACAAAUGUUGUUCAAUGCUACGAGCUUCAACUUGAUUAAAAAUCAAGUUCUUACAAAAAGAUGUCACGGUACGUUGUACCAUAAACAGCAGUGUUCAUAUUCAAAGUAUGUAUUAUUUACAUACUCAAAAACAUAAAUAUAUAUUAAACAUAUUAUGUAUACAUAGCUAUAUAUAUAUAUGUAAACAAAAGCUAAUUUGUUUAUAACUAUAAAAAUAUGACAGAGUGCCCACAAACUUACAUCACUGCUUCACAGCGAACAAAAUCAUGAUAUUCACGCGAUGUCUCAUGUAAUAAGCAUAUUAAGCUACUCAUAUAAAGUUCGUUUAAAUAAUGGUCAAAUCUUGUUCAACAAUAUUAGAGGAAUAUUCAAAAGCUUAAUUUUUUAAAAUCUUUUGCAGAUUUUCUGUUGUAAUUUAAAUUUCUAAUUUUAAGACUUCGUCUAUGAGCCUAAUAUAAUAAAAAACAUAACAAUUAAAAACAUCUUAAAAAACGUUUUGACAAGUCAAGAAUAUGUAACUGUAAUAUGCGUUUAAAUUAUAUGAACAUUAUAAUAUAUAUAUAUAAUAUAUUAUAUAUUAUAUAUUAUAUAUAUAUAUAUAUAUGUCACUUGGAGAAGAAUAUAUAGAAAGUAACAGUGGAAGACUUAUAAUAUCUAAGUAAGAGACAUACAAAAUUUUUUUAGAAGGCUUCGUAUGAUUUAAAUGUAGCUUUUCUGCAAUAAUUCUUUUGUAUAUGUUAAUUAUUUGUGACAUAUUUUUUUCAAAGUGGAUAUUACAUAAUGUUUACCGUAUGACAAAGUCAGAUUUCUCUAACUAUGAAAUAUUAAUAUAUACAUUAAAGUAAAUACAUAUAUAUAUAUUAUAUAUAUGUACAUGUACACAAACAUUUAUGAUUAUUUUGAAAAGAAAAUAGAAAUCUACAAAGUUUCCUGUAACUUAUAGUAUUAUUAUCCAGCAAUGUAAAUUGAAAGGAGAUACACAUUGUUAACAUUGCUAUUGUAUACAUCUUUUAUUUAAUAAUUUAAAAAUAUGUAUUUGGAAACUAUGUAGAUUUUCAAAAUAUACUUCAAAGAUUAUAAGAUUUAUUAGUAAUAUUAAGAUAAAAAUUCACAUGUAUGUAACUUCAUACCAAGAGCUAUGAUGCAUUGGUCAGCGUAUAUGUCUAAAUUUAGCUAUAACUUUUGUAGUUUUAAGACUACAAUUUCAUAUAAGAUUUUAUUUGUUUAAUAGGUUAUUUAAUUUUUGUAUGGACAACACAUAGGUAUUGCUAAGAAGGAGGAAAGGCUGAUAACCUGAAUUUACAAUAAAAUUAUUAAGAUGCAAGUUAUACUUUGCAAAAAUAAAGCUAUAUAAAUAUAUAAUGUUAUAAAUAUUAAUACAUACCGCUGCUUCAUAUAUUUAUGUGUGAAUAAUAUAUACGUAUAUAUUAUUUAUACAUGCGACAAUUAUGAAGCAACAUUAAAAUAUGCAUGUCACACUGUAGGAGGCUUGUUUAUACCUUUGUUCUUUCAAGUGUUGAUUAAAAAAUGUCACUAUAUAUUACGUUUGCAUUUUGCACAAAGCAUUUAUUUUAUGGUACUAAACAAUAUGUUUCACAUGUUAAUAAUAAAAAAAUGUUUUUUACUUUUCUACUUUUUACAUAAUACAUAAUAAAGUGAAAGAAAUAUUUACAUACACAUUAGUUUAAUAGCUGUUUAUAUUUAUUAUAUCUUUUCUUAGUGAUUGUGAACUUUGUCCAUGUACAGUACCAGUUAGUAUUGUUGUAUUGUAUUAUGUCAUUUUAUACGUAUAAAUAAAAAACAUUAAAAUUUCUAUGGAACAAAGGAUAAUCAUAGACCGUCUACGUGCGAGUUGCAUUUCGUCUUAUGUGUCACAUUUUGUUAUACGCUGGCAGCUAAUGAAUUGUUCAAAUUUUAUAAAAUAUAUUGAUCGUAAUCUCAUUUUACUUUAUAGUAUUAGUUUAUAUUUCAAAUAUGCUCAACAAGUAUAUUAGUUCUUAUCUUUUUAUUUAUGAACAGUUUUAGAAAUUUCGUAAAUCGAGUUUUAUGUCUCGAUAUUAUAAAAGGCAGUAAAAUUAUGUUGAAGAAGAAA